AUGCCCUGGCGAAACUCGGACGCAUACGGCUCGCAGCCAUACGCCGCCUUCACUGACCCGAAUGGCUUUAAUUUUACCUUCGAUGUGGGCUCGGACAACUUCAUGAGCCCAUAUGCGUUCCCUCAUAUGUCGCCUGAUUCCGCAUUACCCCCGAUACUCAUACAGUCUUCCAGGNNGACACCAACUUCGCAGCAGUUCGCCACAUCGAAUCAGUCAGAUUCGUUGUCUCCGCUAGAAAUCAACAACUUCACAUCUCCGACUCAGGAUCAGGAUCUGCAAUAUGCGCCAUCCACAAACCCAUCUGUUCAUUCUGAUGGAAGCUCUCUUGCUGCUUUCUCUAUCCGCCAUUCUUACCUGGACCAACAGAAACCUCCAACACAAAUGAUUGAUAUCAGCAACUCGUCUCAUGGCCAUAAACGCAACGCUUCCUUCUUGGACCUCGAAACUUCUCAAAUUUCUCCCGAACAUAUUGGUGAUCAACAACAGAGCAUGACUACCUCUUCGACCUCAUCUCCGGCCGUACCUAUCAAAUCACGACAAAGCUCUAGUGCUGGUAGUCCCGAGGAAGCCUCUCAGCCCUCUGACACUGCCGCUGCUCGCGCUCGCACAACAGACUCUGCAAAAGUACGACACAACAUAGUAGAGCGUCGAUACCGUGAGAACAUCAACGCACAAGUUGAUGUAUUACGUGAGAGCAUCGUCGCUACCGUUCACUCGAAAGAGGAGCAGCAAGGCGGAUCCGCGUCUCGUCUGGGAGCUGAUGAGCUCAAACGUCUCACCAAAGCCGCCGUCAUCGCAGCAGCCACGAAACAAAUCAGGCGUGCAAGGACCGAGAAUGAGCGUCUGCUUGAUGAACACCGCGCUCUGCAAGCUCAGAUCCGAGAACUUGAGAGCCUGGUCAAGUGUGGAGAUUGUCCGCUUAUGAAGCUGACUGUCGACCUGAGUCUGGAAAGCCCGACUCAGCCACCUUGA